AUGAAAGGUGCUGUCCGUUCCACGACCUGUGACCCUUCUGAUCCGGAAUGGGCGGUGCAUCUGAUAAGUCCGGCACCUGUCCUCGAUGGUGAGCAGGUCCGAGCAGCCUGUUUGGUGCCAAGUUCUCCUCCCCACUUUUCGAGUAUUUCAGAGGCUCCGUGGUUGGUGCCCAUAGAUGCCGGCCUUGCGAAGCAGCAGGAUUUGGACCCUCAGCAGAUCUUCGAUCGCCAGAUGAGUUCGUGGUUCAUUUGCGGGGGCCUGGCGCAGCUGGCUCCAGGCCUCAACAGGCAGGUUGCCGAAGUCGACGUGCGCCCGUUGUUCUGGAACGUUUGCAGCGAUUACCAUGCUGCGGAUGUCAUGCUGUGUCUGGUCUUCCCGGAUCCUACCACUGGCCAUCGAGUCCUGAAAAGCUGCACGUCCUUGAGUGUGGUCAAAGGCCCCACUGAGGAUAUGAACACCGUGAGAGCAAGCAAGGAUGCCAUGUACACAUUGAAGACCUGGGCGACCCAGCUGGACGUGACACGUCUGGACGAUUCCAUGGACUGUUAUGACAAGAUCGUGGCCGUACACCAACAGAUGCAGAAGGAUUUGCAGAAAUCCGCACAAGAGAUGCCAUGCGCCAGUGGCUUCUUAGCAGAUAACCUGGAGAAACUGCAUCGGUCGUCGUACCUUGAGCGCUCCACGAUCACUGAGGGUGUUGCUACAAGAUGCACCAUUAGCGGCCUACCCGUUUUGGCACCGCCCGAUGAGUUGACCAGCAUGGGCAACACACCCAUGCAAGCGUCGUUGGAACGCUUUCUCGAAGAAUACCAGGAGAAGAUCGUGUCCGUGGACAAGCAGCAUCUCGAGGCCCCCUUGAGCUACAUCUUCAUGGGGCAGACCAUGGAAUCAAAUCCAGAUGAUGACCACAGACUGCUAUGUGACUACACCAAUGCGGUCGGUCGGCUGUGUCCUCUGGAUGAUGUCAUGGUGGGGAGCCAGCUGAAUCGUGUGCGAGACCUGGGCUCUAUCAUCACGGCCUUCCCUCUCAAUCAGCCAGGAGAAAGUGGGCAGCAGGUGAGAUACGUUUCCAUGGGCCCUGGAGUUGUUGCCGAGAAUGCCACUGACGGCAAGACGUAUCGAUUCGUUCAGAAUGUGGAAGUUCAUGAUCCUUACUCAGAAUCAGCAAAGCUGCAAAGCUUGUUUGCAGAAAUGGAAAUACCCUGGAUCGAAGAUGUCGGACAGAGGAAAGCCAGCUUUUUGGACCUGUAUAUGAACGACCAACGCCUGUAUGAACAGGUGAACCGAUCCCUGUGGACAGACGAUGACGUCCUGCUGCGGCGGCUUGCUCCCUACAUCCGAGCGCUGCGAGGUCUUUUUGAGAGGCCUCAGCAGGGGCAGAUUGAAGGCUUCGAGUUCUUUGGUGGAGCUGGCGACGUCGUUGAGCGUCGAAUGCAGUUGGAUAAGAAGCAGAAGCGCAUGUACUUGCGGCAAGAGAGAGUUUGCUGGCCACACUUCGCGUUGGCAAAGGUCAUGGACCUGCAUCGUGUGAAGCUGAAAGACCUGAAACAUGAGGACCUCAAAGCUGAGUCAACACGUGGAGGGACAGCCUUGCGUGUUCACUUUGACGGGGACACGCCCAACAAAGGAUAUGUUCCCGCAGUGAUCCGUGCCCUGUCGCGUUCGCAGCACCCGAACGAACAAGUUGUGAUGUUUCCGCCACAUUGCAUGUUCCGCAUAGAAAACGUCGACGGUUGCAAGGUCUAUGAGGAUCCAAACAAAUGGACCAUUAAUCUGUCUCUGGACAGCGUGCCCUCAGUAUGGAAGCUUAUUCGCGAGAAGGACUGGCAGCGUUUCAGAGAGUGGGCAGAUGCACAUCCACAACUGGUCAACGGCCACGGGAGCUUGCGAUCGAUCAUCUGCGAAGUUGCAAGAAGCUUGGCCUCAGAGCCUCGACUGUUGGAGGAGGAUCCUGUGGAGGUGUGCCUGAGCCGUGGUGCCCAAGCCAACGAGGUCGACGACGACGGUAAGACAGCUCUGUCGAUUCUGGCAUCCGAAGCUCCGAGUCAAGCUCGUCAAUUCGACACCAAUGUCGGGUCAGCGGUUGUCAGACUCUUGGAGUUUGGCGCUCAUCCAGUCGAAGGGGUUGAUGCAUCAAGCAUUAACUUCCGAAAAGUGAAUUGGCAGUACUGGCACGACCAGGUGGAGGUGAAUGGGAAAACGACCGGAUGGUACCCCUUUAGCCGCGCAGCGUCAGACACACUGGAGAGCGAGUAUAAGGCCUGGCUGCUGCGUGGCGAGCUUGGUGCGGCGAGUGGUUGCAACGUGAGGAGUGGCGAACAUGAAUACCGUGUGUGGUUCAAGGAGAUGAAGCAGCAGAAGCAGCAAAAGUCUGGAUCUGGCAAAGAGCGACGAGUUCGGAGAGCCCCCAAGGGACUUGACGAGGGUGAAGACUUCCAGGUCAAGGCUGAUUUCGAGUCCAUGCUUCGGGUGCUUCAGAUUUCGCUGUCCGAAGGAACGCAAGAGGCCGCAGAAAGGCUUCAACAUGACGUUUCAGAUCCGGGCUUGAAGCAGGCUUUGGAAGCAAUAGCUGAAGCCUCGGAUGACGAUGACGCAGCACUUAAGGAGGGACUACAGCAGUUUGAUGCUGCCAUGGCAGCAGACGGCGGCGAGCACCGUUCUACAGCGCAAAUGAAUGAUCAUGAAAGGUGCAGUGAAGAGUUGCGAAGCUUUCAGAGGACCGCGAAACACCUUCAUGCGUCUCUUGCUAUGGGCUGGGAGGACAGAGGAGAGGCUCGCAAUCUGAUCAGAGCGGUGGCUAAAGACCCCAACGCUCCUCUCGAGCCAGACUUCCUAGCCGAGUCGCAGAUGACUGUGUCGAACGUGGAGGUUUUCGACAACGGUGGCAAGUUGAACGCUGCCUUCCGGGUGACACUGUCCUGGCAGAACUCCAGUCCAGGUGUACCGACCGAUCUGGACAUGUGGAUGCAGUGCCCUGACUGCGGCGUAGACGUGUACUUCUCAGAGAAACAAUGUGAUUGUGAGGAGGAGAAGAGGAGGUUGUGGCUGGAUGUAGAUAUGCAGGGCGAGAAAGACGAUUCCACGGAGAACAUGACAGUGGACCAGCCCAGUAAAAAAGGCUACGAGUUUCGUGUUCGUCUGUAUGCUGGCCCGCCAGUGCCUUUUACGGUCUUGGUUCGAAGAGCUGGCUACCCAGACCGUGAAUACUGCAAACUGGGACCUCACAAGAAGGCCGGGGAAGAGAUGAGCAUAUUUUCGGCUUUCAUGGAUGAGAGGGGCGACCUGCAACUUAAGUCGAGGUUUCCCUACGAGGAGCAGCGAUGGGAGCCUCUACCACCUCAGGAAACGUCUUCUGCGGCCGGGCGUCCUGGACGCCGUCGAAGCUCCCAACUCAAACUCCCAGGACCACGCCGUCAUCUUCUGAUUUCAGGGCGCUUUAACAGCGCUGAGAAGAUUGAGUACAUGAAGCGCGUGAAAAAGCUGCUGGACGAUCAAGGCGUUCCCACCUUCAUGGUAGAAGCCCAAGGUGCAGGGGACACGUUUGGUGACAAGACCGACCUCGGUCUAUACCAGGCCAAAGCAUUGUUGGCUUUCUGCACAGCCGACUAUGGUGCGAAAACCGGUGCUGAGUACGAGACGUAUGUCGAGUUGCGGUACGCUCGGCAGAAUCACCUCCCGAUAAUUCCAAUCCAACUCUGCGACACCUUCCCGCCAAAGCCGACUGAUUUAGAAGGUCAAGCUCAGAACAAUGUCGUUCUUCGCAGCGACAUAAUACGCAUUAUGGAUGUUGGAAUGUCCGAUGCGGAGAAAGUUGCAAGCGACAUCCACGAUGCCUGGGUUCGACGACUCCAGAUGUUAUGA